AUGGUAUCAAUAAGGUCACUUGCGACCGCCGUUGCCGGCGUCGCCCUCUUGAUAGAGUCCUCGCUAGCGUACUCGGUAAAGCGAAAUGCCGUUAGCCAGGUGACCUUUGUCGCCGACGCCGUCAUCAAGACGCCUUCCCACCGCGUCCACUCCGACUCCAAAUUCGACCUUUACUUCUCGCUUCACAACGGACAGCAAAAGAUCCGGCUCAAGCUCGAACCGAACCACGACAUCCUGCAUGAUGACUUCUCCGUUACCUAUCUGGACGCCGAUGGCAAGGUCGAAUCCGUCGAGCCCGUCAAGCGCAGCGACCACAGGGUGUUCAAGGGCGAUACGUUUGUAGAGCGUGCUGGGAGAGAGGGAUGGACCCAGGCUGGCUGGGCACGGAUAACCAUCUACCGCGACGGUGAGAAGCCCCUGUUCGAGGGCACUCUUGGACUCGACGGAACACACCACCAUAUUCAAUUUGGCAGCCAUUAUGAAAAGGUUCGACAUGAAGGCGACCCUGCGUUGCCCGCUUCGCAGAACAACGACGAGACCAUGGUUGUCUGGCGAGACUCUGAUAUUAUGUCCUACGACCCCAACGAGUUGAAGCGCGACGCCGCUUCGCAUGCGCUCUGCGAUUCGGACUCGCUGGGCUUCAACGGCGACUUUCACGACCUGCAGGACUAUAACACAUUUGCCUCUACCCCUGCCAAACAUCUGUUUGGCCGACAAUCCAUCGACGGAGGAUCGACGGGCAACGAUGGCACUGGUGUGAACCUCAUGGCGACCAUCGGUUCUGUUGACGGUUGUCCCACUACCCGCAAGGUCGCUCUCUUGGGAAUUGCUACCGACUGCGGCUACACGGCUGAAUUCGACAACCAGACGGCACUGAGGGAGAACGUUAUCAAUAUGGUUAACACAGCCUCGCGACUAUAUGAAAGCACAUUUAGCAUCUCACUCGGUCUCCGUAACCUCACCAUCAGCAACAAGGGGUGCCCCUCUGCCCCCUCUGAAGCAGCUCCCUGGAACCAGAAGUGCUCGGAUAGUGUCAACUUGGCCGCCCGACUCAACCUCUUCUCGGCAUGGCGUGGUCAGUAUCAGGAUGGUAACGCCUAUUGGACUCUGCUCAGCACCUGUCCCACUGAAUCCGCCGUCGGUCUCGCGUGGUUGGGUCAGCUGUGCCGCUCCGGAUCGUCGGACAACUCGGGUGGUAGCGGUUCAGGAAAUGAGACGGUGGCUGGUGCCAACGUCGUGGUGAGAACAUCAUCGGAAUGGCAGGUGUUUGCUCACGAGACGGGACACACGUUUGGCGCCGUUCACGACUGUACUUCGAGUGCAUGCCCGGUCAAGUCGGACGUGCAAUCAUGCUGCCCGCUAAGCAAGAGCACGUGCGAUGCCAAUGAACAGUACAUCAUGAACCCCUCCAGCAAGGACAGCAUCAAGGAGUUUUCGCCUUGCACUAUCGGCAACAUCUGCUCGGGCUUCAAGCGCAACGUCAAGACGGAGUGUCUGACUGACAACAAGGGCAUCAAGACCAUCACGGGCAGCCAGUGUGGUAACGGCAUCGUCGAGGAGGGUGAGGACUGCGACUGCGGCGGAGACGCCAGUUGCAAAGACAACCCUUGCUGCGACGGAUCCAAAUGCAAGUUCAAGGGUGAGGCUGAAUGUGACUACACCAACGAAGAUUGUUGCACCAAGCAGUGCAAGUUUUCGUCUUCAGGAACAGUCUGUCGUGCCAGCACGGGAGCUUGUGACCCUGAGGAGAAGUGUACGGGCAAGGAUGCCAACUGUCCCAAGGAUGAGCACAAGGACGACGGUACUGACUGCGGCGACGGACUCAAGUGCGCGUCUGGACAGUGCACCUCCCGAGACCAGCAGUGCAGGACCAUGUGGCAGAACAGCACGGAUGAAGGCGAACAGAUGAAGGCUUGCACAUCGAGCUGUCUCUUGUCGUGCCAAUAUCCGGGAGAGUCUGUCUGCACGCAGAGGAACCAAAACUUCCUCGACGGCACGCCUUGCGCGGGCGGCGGCAAGUGUGACAACGGAGACUGCAAGGGCAGCUCGACAUGGAAGGAGAUUGUGGGCUGGUUCGAGGACAACAAGAACAUCACGAUCCCCGUGGGCUGCGUGAUCGCCGGACUCCUCGCCAUCGCCAUCCUCAGCUGCUGCUACAGCUGCAUCCGACGAAGAAUCAGCCGGCGCAAGGCUCCCAAGCCCACAGAGAUGCACGCCUGGCCUGCGUACUCUCGGGGCGCCAACCCGCACCCACAACCAAGUUACAACUACGCGCCUUUGGACAACCAGCAAAACUGGGGGAAUAACCAGCAAAACUGGGGAAGGACGCGCAGUAUGAGAUACGCAUAG